UCCUUCCAUGCAAUGCGAUGCGAUGCGAUGCAAAGCCGCCUCGCCCUCGCUUGCGUCUCCGGUUUCCCCUGCCUCGCUUCCUCCCUCAGACCCACCACACUGCUUCAGUGCUUCAGCUCAUCGUGUGCCGAGAAUCGCAAAGUUGUUUUUCCUUUCUCAUGGAGCGGCGGCCGGGCGCUUGCUCCGUCGAAGGACCACAGCAAUCCGUGCCCACUGCCCCCCUCCCCUGAUCGUGCAAGGCUCAUGUCGUUUUCGCAAUGCCAGCUCUCGUGUCUGCGGCACCACCAGUCCACCACCUCAGCUUUCGCUCCGGCCGGCUUCUCUCUCACUCUCUCUCUCUCAACUUCAGCUUUUGAGCUCGCUGCUGGCUGCUGCCGAAGCAAUGGCCGGCGGGGGGGGCCUUUAUGGCCUCAGCGCAUUCAAUGACCUGAUCCACGGUUGUACACUGCUGUACAUCACCUCCUGCCCGGCUGCCCCCCCCUCUAUCUCUCUCCCUCGCUUUCUUCUCUGAACCGACACUCUCUCUCUCGUGGUCGCGGAGUACGUACGUACAGUACGUGCUCUACUCGUAUUGAUUCUGAACAACCACAGGCACAAGGAACCCCUGCCCAUGUGAACAGUGACCAUGUUGGUGGCGCUGCUGUCCGUCCAUCCUCUGUGAUCGAUAUAAACCGGGCACCCUACCUACUGUUGCCGACCUCAUUUCAGACAGUGGCUAGCUAGCUAGGCGACGUUCAGUGAAGCUCCGAGCCGAGCUCUCAUGGAACUCCAGCUCUACCACUCCACCACAACCCUCCUCCUGCCGCUGCUGCUGCUUCUUCUUCUCCUGCUACCCUCUUCUUCUUCCUCCUCCUCUCACGGCCUGCGCUCUGCCGACGGUAGUAGAGCGCCGCAUUACCGGCUCAAGGAUCCGCGUCCACCAAAGCAGAUCGGCGACGGCGAGGGGGCGGCGACGGCGGAGUCGCUGAUCGGGUCGAGGCCGCCGCGGUGCGACGGCAAGUGCGCGCCGUGCGGGCGGUGCGAGGCGGUGCAGGUGCCGGUGGCGCCGCGGGCCGACAGCCGCGGGGGCGAGCCCCGGCGCCGCGGAGGGCUGUUCGGCAGCGCCGAGGAGAGCUACACCGACUACAAGCCUCUCAACUGGAGGUGCCGCUGCGCGGACCGGCGAGCACUGGACCCGUGAUCGAUCCGGAUGCUGCGAUUGCGAUCCCCUCGUCAGGUCUCCAGCUGCUGCUGCUGAUGAGCCCAUUGGUGUACUGUACUUACGUGUUUUUUCUUUUCUUUGGAGGAACUGUUGCUGGUGAAUGGUCGAUCGAUCCAUGGCCAGGAGGAUUGUUUGGCAAACGUUCUCGUCUCUAUUCUGUAGCUAGGCUUUUGGAUUUUUGGUAGUGGUAGGCAGCUAGGCAUAGGCUUCGGCAAUUUGUCUGGUGAUCGAUAAUCACUUGAAAAACCUGCUGCUUAGACUGCUUGCUUUGACAUUAAUCUGGGUGUGGCUAUAGGUUCUACAGUAUUUCAGGUCAACCGAAUAUGUUACUCUCUGUCUCACUCACUAUUUUAAAAUACACUUUAUAAAUAAUAUACGGUGCAAAACAGUAAUUUGUAUUGCCGUUUACACGA